GUCCUUCCACUCCUCUUUCUUGCAUGCACUCUCAUUAAUCUUGAGCCUCAAGAUUUUCAGGGGGGACUUGUGAAAAAUCAAUCACCAGAGAUGGCGGAGGUAACAAAUGUCACCGAGUAUCAGGCUAUUGCCAAGGAAAAAUUGCCGAAAAUGGUCUACGACUACUAUGCAUCAGGUGCAGAGGAUCAGUGGACUCUGGCUGAGAACAGAAAUGCAUUCUCCAGGAUUCUGUUUAGGCCCCGUAUUCUUAUUGAUGUGAGCAAGAUUGACAUGACUACCACUGUCUUAGGCUUCAAGAUCUCGAUGCCUAUCAUGAUUGCACCAUCUGCUAUGCAGAAAAUGGCUCACCCUGAGGGAGAAUAUGCAACAGCUAGAGCCGCAUCAGCAGCUGGAACAAUCAUGACACUGUCUUCAUGGGCCACUUCCAGUGUUGAAGAAGUUGCUUCAACGGGACCUGGAAUUCGAUUCUUCCAGCUUUACGUCUACAAGGACAGGAACGUUGUGGCUCAGCUUGUGAGGAGGGCUGAAAAGGCAGGUUUCAAGGCCAUUGCACUUACUGUGGAUACCCCAAGAUUGGGACGCAGAGAGGCUGAUAUCAAGAACAGAUUUGUUUUGCCACCAUAUUUGACAUUGAAGAACUUUGAGGGCUUGGACCUUGGGAAGAUGGAUGAAGCUCAAGACUCUGGAUUAGCUUCAUAUGUUGCGGGCCAAAUUGAUCGUACUUUGAGCUGGAAGGAUGUUGAGUGGCUCCAGACAAUUACCUCACUGCCAAUCCUGGUGAAGGGUGUAAUGACCGCUGAAGACACAAGGCUCGCCCUUCAGCAUGGAGCUGCUGGUAUUAUUGUAUCCAAUCAUGGUGCUCGCCAGCUUGAUUACGUCUCUUCCACUAUCAUGGUUCUGGAAGAGGUCGUGAAAGCUGCACAAGGCCAAGUGCCGGUGUUCUUGGAUGGAGGGGUUCGCCGUGGAACAGACGUCUUCAAGGCACUGGCACUAGGAGCUGCUGGCAUCUUUAUUGGGCGACCGGUGGUUUUCUCGCUGGCUGCUGAAGGAGAAGCCGGCGUUAGAAAAGUACUCCAGAUGUUGCGCGACGAGUUUGAGCUCACUAUGGCAUUGAACGGCUGUUGUUCACUCCGUCAGAUCACCCGUAAUCACAUCAUGACCGAGUGGGAAGCUACUCGGACUUUUGCAGCUAACAGCAGGUUAUAGAGCUGUGCAAUCAGACAUGGACGAGCGCUGCUGCAAGCUACGGCAGAUAAUGUCGAAAGCAUCAGAUGCUAUGUUUCUCAAGAGCCCAUCUCUGUCUAUUUACUCAUUUUUACAUAUGUUGUGAAAACGAUAAACUUUUGAAUGAUGAUGGACCUAUAUAUAUUUUUCAUAAAUGGCCAUGCUUUGGCUUCUGUGUAUA